CGGAAAUGCGCGGAACGACUCACGGAAGAAAAACAGGAACACAAUAAACAGUGAAUUCUGAGCAUUAAACGAAUAAAGAGGACUUUUUUAAAUAUUAAAGAAUGAAAUAUAACCAUUAACAAGAUAUAAAGCCUUUCAUGGGGGAUUUAAAAUGCCUUUGUUCACACUGAGAGAUGAUCAUCUAGCUGUUUGAUUGACAGGAACAUGUGGUGGUUUCAGGAGGGCUUGUGUGUUCUGCCCGUGGCACUGGUCAUCUGGACCUCCGCCACCUUCAUCUUCGCUUACAUCACGGCCGUCGUCCUGAGACACGUGGACCCGCUGGUGCCCUACAUCAGUGACACCGGGACGGUGGCGCCGGAGAGAUGCGUGUUUGGACUCAUGCUCAAUGUGUCGGCGUUCUUAGGUGUCGCUACGAUGUACGUGCGCUAUAAGCAGCUCCAGGCCCUAGUGGAUGAUGCCGACACUCGUCUGAACUGCCUCAAUCGGGUCGGGCUCGCUCUGGGCUGCGGAAGCUCGUUCGGCAUGUGCGUCGUCGCAAACUUCCAGAAAACCACUCUGUUCUCGAUGCACCUGGUGGGCGCCGUGCUGACGUUCGGCGUGGGCGCGCUCUACGUGUUCGUCCAGACGCUGCUGUCGUUCCUCAUGCAGCCGCACGUCCACAGCAAAGCCGUGUUCUGGACGCGCCUGAGCAUCGGCGGCUGGACGCUAGCCAGCAUCAUCAGCAUGUUCGUGUCGUCCGUGAUCAUGUACAGCUCUUUACCGGGAGUCGAGGUCAACAAGAAGCUCCACUGGACGCCCGGAGAACCCGGGUACACGCCGCACAUCGUCAGCACCAUCUCUGAGUGGUCUCUCGCGCUGUCCUUCGUCAGCUUCUUCCUCACCUACAUACGAGACUUCAAGAAGAUCAAUCUACGAGCCGAGGCGCAACUUCAGAGCAACCAUCUUUACGACUCGCAUCAUCAGCGUCCCGCUUCUUCCCGCGCGCGGACGGAGACGUCGCCGCUCCUCGCCGGCAGCAUCUGAUCACACACACACACCUCACACUAACAUCUGUACAACCGUCAUGUUUUACACUCCUCGCUUUAUUUUCUGCUGGGAUCAUGUUUUAUAGUCUAUUCUGUACUUCACUGUAAAACUACAAUACUGGGUCAUAUUUCACACUCCAUAAAUGUGAAUUUCAAUUUUUUUUAUUUUUUAUUAAUACAAUGAUUAAUGGCAUCCAAAAUAAAGUUUGUGUUUACACAAUAUAUGUGUGUGUGCUGUGUAUUAUUAUUUUGUAUAUAUAAUUACACAAAUAUGCAUGUACUGUAUAUAUUUAAGACAAAUGUGUUAUUUACAUAUAAUAUAUAUAUAUGUGUGUGUAUUUAUAUACAAAAAAAUUAUACACUUAUAAAAUUAUAAAAAAAUUAUAUAAAUAAUUAUUUUGGAUGCGAUUAAUCGUUUCCCAGUACUAAUAAAUAAUAACCAUAAUUGAUAAUAUUUUAAAAAAGACUACAGUAAUACAGCCAGACAUGCGAGUUAAAUAGUUUAAAUAUGUUUAAUGUCAUGAAAAUAAUGUCACAAUGUUAAAACAAGCUUCAGUUUGUAUAAUAGUAUAAUAUAAUUUCCUACUUGAAUGAGGUAUAAUAUGAGUCUCGCUCACACUGAUCAGCACAUGUACUUUAUAUUUUAUUACAUUAAAAAUAAAAUAAUAAUAAACAGU